AAUACUUGGUGUACGACCGGGACGAGGUGAAAGCUCAGAAGCGGGAGUGGAAGAAGUACGAUUUUCACUACGACAACGUGGCUUGGGCCCUGCUCACCCUCUUCACUGUUUCCACUGGAGAGGGCUGGCCGCAGGUGCUAAAACACUCGGUGGACUCCACGUAUGAGAACCAGGGCCCUAGCCCUGGGUAUCGGAUGGAGAUGUCCAUCUUUUACGUGGUGUACUUCGUUGUCUUCCCCUUCUUCUUCGUCAACAUCUUCGUUGCCCUAAUCAUCAUCACCUUCCAAGAACAAGGAGACAAGAUGAUGGAAGACUACAGCCUGGAAAAGAAUGAGAGAGCCUGUAUAGACUUUGCCAUCAACGCCAGGCCCCUGACGCGACACAUGCCCAAGAACAAGCUGAGCUUCCAGUUUCGCAUGUGGACGUUUGUGGUGUCGCCGCCCUUUGAGUACAGCAUCAUGGCUCUGAUCGCACUCAACACCAUUGUCCUCAUGAUGAAGUUUGACGGGGCGUCUCAGACGUAUGACGACGUCCUGAAGAAUCUCAACAUCGUCUUCACCACCUUCUUCUUCCUGGAAUCAAUCCUGAAGUUCAUAGCAUUCGGUCCUUUGAAUUUCUUCAAAGACGCCUGGAACAUUUUUGACUUUGUCUCGGUUCUCGGGGCCAUCACAGACAUUUUAGUGACAGAACUUGGGGUAAGUAACAACUUCAUCAACCUGAGCUUCCUGAGGCUGUUCCGAGCAGCGCGUCUCAUCAAGCUGCUCAGACAGGGGGAGACCAUACGGAUCCUUCUGUGGACCUUCGUCCAGUCCUUCAAGGCGCUGCCCUACGUGUGUCUGCUGAUCGCCAUGCUCUUCUUCAUAUACGCCAUCAUCGGCAUGCAGUUGUUUGGUAAUCUCGCCCUGGAAGAGGUGGGGGAGGGGGCCGUCAACGAGCACAACAACUUUAGGACCUUCAUCAUGGCUCUGAUGCUGCUGUUCAGGAGUGCGACGGGCGAGGCGUGGCAUGAGAUCAUGUUGGCCUGUCUCGGGGGGAAGGAGUGUGACAAGCUGUCUGGGAACGCUGAGCCAGAGUGUGGCAGCACCUUUGCCUACACCUACUUCGUCUCCUUCAUCUUCCUCUGCUCCUUCCUGAUGCUGAACCUGUUUGUGGCCGUCAUCAUGGACAACUUUGAGUACCUGACACGGGACUCGUCCAUCCUGGGGCCGCAUCACUUGGACGAGUAUGUAAGAAUAUGGGCUGAAUACGACCCUGCAGCCUGCGGGCGCAUACAUUAUAAGGAUAUGUACAGUUUAUUACGGGUUAUCUCCCCUCCCCUGGGCCUUGGCAAGAAAUGCCCACAUAGGGUGGCCUGCAAGAGGCUGCUGCGCAUGGAUCUGCCGGUUGCCGAUGACAACUCAGUCCACUUCAACUCCACCCUCAUGGCGCUGAUCCGCACGGCGCUGGACAUCAAGAUCGCCAAGGGCGGUGCAGACAAGCAUCAGAUGGAUGCUGAGCUGAGGAAGGAGAUGAUGGCGAUCUGGCCCAACCUCUCUCAGAAGACUCUAGACCUGCUGGUCACCCCGCACAAGUCCACAGACUUGACGGUGGGCAAGAUCUACGCAGCCAUGAUGAUCAUGGAGUAUUACCGCCAGAGCAAGACUAAAAAGCUCCAAGCUCAGCGAGAGGAACAGAACCGAACGCCAUUAAUGUUUCAGCCCAUGAAGCCAGCCUCAGAGGAAGGGGGCACCGACACUCAGGGGGGUCCCGUGGUGGUCCAGAGCCUCCCCCCUGCUGACCCUGACAACGUCAAUGGCAUACCUCCAGAGGGGGGUAUGACAGAGAGCCAGUCCUGGGCUACAGUCAAAGCCCAGGAGGUCUUCCAGGAGACGGGCAGUUGGAGUCCAGAUCGGCCCUACCCUGACGAUCCCCAUGACAACCGUCACAACUCCCAGACAGUAGAGAUGAGGGUGAUGGGGCGGGAUGGGCACUCUGACACGGAGCCCUCCUACCCAAUGGAUGGGCAUGGGAGGACCCACUCCAUGCCCCGCCUCUCGGCAGACAACCAAGUGAGCUCUCAUUCCAUCCCCCCCAACCCACCUAGCCAACCUGCAUCCACACCCUUUACCCUCACCCCCACCACCACCAUAACCUCCAGCAGGAGCGUUGAGUUCAACCCACCUAGCCAACCUGCAUCCACACCCUUUACCCUCACCCCCACCACCACCAUAACCUCCAGCAGGAGCGUUGAGUUCAACGCACAAAGUCUCGCCUUGCAUCCAAUACGACCCCCAGUUUUCUUUCACAUUAAAUGCCACUGUCAUUUUUCAAUAAUUAUAUCAUAAUAAUAUUAUCUACUAUAUACUUAUUAUAUUGUAUCUGCAUUGAAGAAUUGGCAAAAAAUACAUGUAUUUCAUGAAGAAAAUGACAAUCUGGCGUUUGAUGUCGUCUUUCGACCAAGUGUUUGAUGCAAAGCACACGACGCAGCAGAGUUUUAACUCAUCUUCUCCUUCAUCCAAUGUAUCAUCUUCCCUGCCACGAUGCCUUCCUCCCUCCCUCCCUGCCUCCCUUCCACCACACCUCCCUCCCUCAUUUGGACUAUCCAUUCUCUGAGUCUCUGACCCGUGGCUACUCAGUUAACAGGAAGAGGUUUCUCCUCUGUUGUGAGAAACCUCUGCCUUAGCAUUUGUCACAGAUUGUGAACACCAAUGCUAACCUUAGAUGAGCUGGGUCAGGUCACACUCUGGAUAGGUCUCUCUUACAUCCAUGUUGUGUUCACAUCACGUGUGUGUGUGUGUGUGUGUGUGUGUGUGUCUUUGUUUGUUUAGGUGUGUAUUUGUGUGCGUGUCUGUGCUAGUACGUGUGUGUGUGUGUGUGUGUCUGUGUGUGUGUGUGUGUGUGUGUGUGUGUGUGUGUGUGUGUGUGUGUGUGUGUAUGUGUGUGCAUGUGUGUGUGUGCUAGCAUCUGUGCGUUUGUGUGUGUGUGCGUGUGCGUGUGCGUGUGCGUGUGCGUGUGCGUGUGUGUGUGUGUGUGUGUGUGUGUGUGUGUGUGUGUGUGUGUGUGUGGCGAUGAGCUCCUCCUCAUCCUAGCCAUCCCAUCCCAUUUCCUCUGAAUCCUUGGUGUGUCUGUCCUGUGUAAUGCGCAGCCAGAGCCUCUGAGCAUGGAGGAACUCAUGCCAGCAGAGUCUCAACACUUAAAACCUACAAUCCUCAUCUCUGGUCUCCGCUGUGGUGAGAGACCAGGCAGCCAGCUCUGGAGUACUAGUUACUGAAUUGGGGUACAACAGAUCCAUAACCAACACUAACCUACCCAAACCUUGUUUCACCCUCCACAAGUUUCAUGUUGAGGUUGGUAGUGAGCUUCCAUCUGUUAACUAAUGAAUUCAUCUUGAAAUUAAGAUUGUUCUGAGUUAAAU